AUGAGAAAGAAUUUCCCAUCAACCAUUGCUGCAACAUUGAAGAAGGGGAAGGUGCAGGUCGUUCUCUGCUCCCACAAUCGAGAGAGACAUAACGAAUCAGACAAAAUGAUGAACGCUGUUGUGUGUGCUGUUCUCUUCGUGCUGGCACUGAGUCCAGGCGAAGGGUUAAAGUGCAAGUCCUGUUACUCCAAAGGGACGGAUCUGUGUGAGCAGACCAGCGUCCAGAUCUGCUCCGUGCUGGAUAACGCCUGCGGAGACGUCAUCAUCACGCAACCCGCUCAGUACUCGUUCCGCUCCUGCAUGAACAUGGCGGUGUGUCAGGGCUGGAUCACGACCCCAGGAGCCUUCGCCACCUGCUGCAGCACCGACCUCUGCAACUAA